AUGCGGAAAUAUGUUUGUCAGCAAGGAUGCAAUGAGGGUUUCGAGUUUAAAACCCCACAAUCUAAAAACUGUGAACCUGUACAAGUGAACAACACAACAUUUGAUAACGAGACAACAAUUUCUGAUAGAAGCUCACUUAUCCCAACAACACACGAAGGUACCAACAACACAAGUUCACCACCAACAAGAACGACAACAAAGCCUCAUGAAGAAGAAGAUGCUGGCGUUUCUAGUGGGAAGGAAGUAGGCAUUGUAAUUGCAGCUGUUUUUGUUUGUUUUCCCAUUGUUGUUAUCUACCUUGCAAUAGGUUGCUGCUGCUAUUACAUAAAUGUAAAAAGAACAUGUGGUUUUAAAGGAAACACAAGAAGAAAAUACCAGGCGAAGUUCCGACGAGAAGGAAACUCAAGUAGCCAAUCGAAUGUGCAGUUGCAGCAAGAACCUUUGAUGUCAUCACCUGAUGUGACGGAUCCGAUCCUACAGGUUUCAGCUGUGAAAUAUGUAUUCUGUUGGCCGUGUAAUUUGCCAUGUUUUAAAGAGGCCCCGAAGAUUGAUCAUACAAAUUUGCCUGACAACAAGGAAGUCCGUGUGAUGGUUGGUAAACAAUUGAAGCUGGUCAUUGGUAUAUCAGGAUCACCUACACCAAUUGUGACAUGGUGGAAAGAUGGUAAACGAAUUGAAAGAAUAGUGAAAUUACAGGCGCAAAUAUCCAAUGAUGAUCAUGUGGCUGAAUUGAAAAUUCCAAAAACAGAACAAAGUGACACAGGAAAAUACCAAAUUAAAGUGGAAAAUGAGAUUGGUUCAGACACAGCUGUUAUCUCUGUCAUUGUUCUUGAGGCUCCAAAGAUGGAUCUUACAAAUUUGCCUGACAACAAGGAAGUCCAUGUGAUGGUUGGCAAACAAUUGAAGCUUGUCAUUGGUAUAUCAGGAUCACCUACACCAACUGUGACAUGGUUGAAAGAUGGUAAACGUAUUGAGAGAGCGGAAAAAUCCAAUGAUGAUCAUGUGGCUGAAUUGAAAAUUCCAAAAACAGAACAAAGUGACACAGGAAAAUACCAAAUUGAAGUGGAAAAUGAGAUUGGUUCGGACACAGCUGUUAUCUCUGUCAUUGUUCUUGAGGCCCCAAAGAUGGAUCUUACAAAUUUGCCUGACAACAAGGAAGUCCAUGUAAUGGUUGGUAAACAAUUGAAGCUGGUCAUUGGUAUAUCAGGAUCACCUACACCAAAUGUGACAUGGUUGAAAGAUGGAAAACAUAUUGAAAGAGCAACAAAAUCCAUUAAUGAUGGUGUGGCCAAAUUGGAAAUUCAAAAAGCAGAACGUAGUGACACAGGAAAAUAUCAAAUAAAAUUGGCAAAUGUGAUAGGUUCAGACACAGUUGACAUUUCUGUAAUUGUUCUUG